UCUGUUUAAUAAAUAAUUAAAUUAUUAACAAGCAAUUAUUCGUAUACUUAAAUGUAUACUAACCAGUUUCUUUUGUUUUCGAUUUUUGCACAAGUCCACGUUGUGCCAGACGUUGAAGUAAUGCUGGUGGCAAGCUCAUAUUAAUUAAUUCUCUCGUAAUGUUCUACUUUUUUCAAAAUAUGUAUUACUGUGUUUAAAUUAAAUUACGAAGUGAAGAUAAUUGCUGCAAAGUGCAUCAAUAUAAAUCUUUUCAACACAAUUUAGUUUCUACCUCUCAGCUGUUUGGUUAACUGUCAUUUUAAAUUUACAAGGCUUUUGACAGCUGUGUGUUCAGUGCUCGUUGUUGUGAGCGGUAGGGAUGCAUUUGCUGUAUUUGCUGUAGAAAUAAUCAUAACAAACUUUAUAUAUGAAAUAUUUUUUAAGUAAAUGAUAAUUACAUAUAUAUAUUUAUAUUUUGAUAUAAUAUCAAUUUUUUGUUGCUGUGUGAUAAAUUAUUGUAUGUGAAAUAGUUUACAAAGUAAAAAAUUAUAUAUAUGACAUGCCUAAUACUCAUUGUUUUUAAAGAAUUACAAUAGAGCACUCAAAACCAUUUCUAAAUUUGAUCAAUAAUUUUAACAAGAAAUAUUAAUAUAAUAACAAUUUUGAUUUAUACACCUUCCUGUCAGUGCAUCCCUGCACAUAUGGAGCCCUGAACGAAUUGAGCAACACGUGGAGCUCGCGAAAAUGCUCAUUUAGUGUGGAGCAGUUGAGUUAGACGCAUUUAGGAACGGACGAAUUUACAUACUGUAUUGUGUCGGGUUGUUUUUUGACACAUUUGUUGCUGUAACUCAAUUUAGGGGGCGAAUAUCACUUGAAUUUUUUGCACACAGCUGGAAAUUUUCCACCGGUACAAUUAGUGCUACAACCUUUAAUAGUGGCGAAAAGUUGUCGCAAUAUUUUUUAUUUUGGAAAUAUUGUGUGCUUGUCCUUAUAUUGCUGAACCGAGCGCGUUCAACAAUACUUAAGUCUCGCAAAGUUUGAAAUACAUUUAUAGCCAAAAACAAUUAUUUUACAAGAAUAAUAUAUAAAAAAGCAUUUAAAGUUCAAUUAGCUGUGCAUACAACGGCAAUUGACUUCAACAUUACAAUUAGUGCCAAACGUUCAUUUAUAUACACGAUUCUACAAUAAAUUUAAACGAUGGCAACAACAACAACCAAUGUAACCACUAAUGGAUUUAACAGUGCACCAGCUGAAACUGUAAAGGUACUAUCGGUAGAUGCUAGCGCAAAUGAACUGCAAGAUGGGCUUUCAUGUCACGAGCUUUUCGCUAAUAGCGAUGGCUUGACCUACAAUGACUUUCUUAUCUUGCCUGGUUAUAUUGAUUUCGCCGCUGAAGAAGUGGAUUUAAGCUCACCAUUGACAAAAGAUAUUACAUUGCGAGCGCCGCUAGUAUCAUCGCCCAUGGACACUGUCACCGAGUCAGAUAUGGCCAUUGCCAUGGCGCUCUGUGGUGGCAUUGGCAUUAUACAUCACAACUGCACACCAGAAUAUCAAGCGAAUGAAGUUCACAAAGUCAAGAAAUACAAACACGGCUUUAUUCGUGAUCCGUCGGUUAUGUCGCCUGAGAAUACGGUCGGUGAUGUGCUUGAAGCGCGUCGCAAAAACGGCUUCACUGGCUAUCCCAUUACAGCCGACGGUAAACUGGGUGGUCGCCUAUUAGGCAUUGUCACAUCACGUGAUAUUGAUUUCCGUGAGAAUCAGCCCGAAAUUAAAUUAGGCACAAUAAUGACUACCGAAUUGAUAACUGCCCCUAACGGCAUUACACUGCCCAUGGCUAAUGCUAUUUUAGAGAAAAGCAAGAAAGGCAAAUUGCCAAUUGUUAAUGAGAAUGGUGAACUGGUUGCGCUAAUUGCGCGUACCGAUUUGAAGAAGGCACGUUCUUAUCCGAACGCCUCGAAGGAUAGCAACAAACAAUUGUUGGUGGGCGCUGCUAUUGGUACACGACCUGAGGACAAAGAUCGUCUCAAAUUGCUCGUCGAAAAUGGCGUUGAUGUAAUUGUUUUGGAUUCAUCGCAAGGCAACUCAAUUUAUCAAAUUGAAAUGAUUAAAUUCAUAAAGAACACUUAUACGGGACUACAAGUGAUUGGUGGAAAUGUUGUGACACGCGCUCAAGCCAAAAAUCUAAUCGAUGCUGGCGUAGAUGGCUUGCGCGUUGGCAUGGGCUCCGGUUCGAUUUGUAUCACACAAGAGGUUAUGGCAUGCGGCUGCCCACAGGCUACUGCUGUCUACCAAGUAUCCAGUUAUGCUAAACAAUUUGGCGUGCCCGUCAUAGCCGAUGGUGGUAUUCAAUCCAUAGGACAUAUCGUCAAAGCAUUAUCGUUGGGCGCUAGCGCUGUAAUGAUGGGCUCACUAUUGGCCGGUACUUCUGAGGCGCCAGGUGAAUAUUUCUUUUCUGAUGGUGUGCGCCUGAAGAAGUAUCGCGGUAUGGGUUCACUAGAGGCUAUGGAAAGACGUGAUGCCAAAGGCGCUGCUAUGUCACGUUACUAUCACACCGAAAUGGAUCGUACAAAGGUGGCGCAGGGUGUCAGCGGCAGUAUUGUCGACAAAGGUUCCGUUUUGCGUUAUUUACCCUACUUGGAAUGCGGUCUGCAGCAUAGCUGCCAGGACAUUGGCGCGCGCACAGUCAGCGAACUAAGAGCAAUGAUUUACAAUGGCAAAUUGCGUUUCAUGAAGCGCACUCAUUCCGCACAAGUGGAGGGUAAUGUGCAUGGUCUAUUCUCCUAUGAGAAACGUCUCUUCUAACAAACAGCUGCAACAAGUGUGCGCACUGAUAAAGCGUUAAUCGCAAACAAUGCGGUGCAAGUGCGCUAUGGUGGGUUGACAGCAUAUUUGCAAAGGAAUGGGGCAUACGAGUGUGGUGCAACGGCAACUCAUAACAUAUAUAAUAGAGCGAUAAACACAGCAGCGGUACAGCGGCGUCAGCAGUAACGUAUGUAAUAUAGUGCUACCACACCUAAAGGUUAUAUUUUAUGACAUUUGCUACGGUGCUUACAUCAGUAGCUUUAGCGGUAAUAUUUUUCUGUAAUUUAGUAUAUGAAAGUAACGCCGUUGUAUUUACUUGUAUAAUUAGUUUCUAUAAGUUAUUUCAUGUGCUUAGAGCAGUACUUAAUACAUAGAAAAACUUAAAAAUUUAUAAAUUUAUACAUUUGUGCAUAUUAAGCAACUAUCCUCAUGUCUAAUUUGGUUUACAUACAGCUUAUUUGCUUUAUAUUAAAUAUUUGCUUUUGGCUUGUUAUUAUUUAAUUAAAAUCCUUUGAUCGCGCAAUCGGCUCAUUUAUACACAACUAUUAUUUAUUACUUAUUGCCGCAACUGCUGUAUUUUUACUAAACUUUAGUAAUAACUAUUAAAAAAAUAUGAUUAUUUGUGCAGAAAAUUAUAAAAUUUUAGUAUGUAGCCUGUGUUAAGAUUUGUAAUAGUUAAAUUUGCUCUAAACUACGCUAGUAGCUGACAUAACGCUGUACUUUCUUAACAAGUAUUUUUCAUUUUCCUAGUUUAUACAAUUAUAUUGUUAGAAAUUUUUAUAAAUUUAAAUACUUUAUAUACAAAUUUAUGUAGAUUUUUUCAAAAAUGUAGCAAAAUUUAGGCAUAUAACCUAGAAAAUGUAUGUAUUUCACACAUUUAGGUGUUUUAAAAUUUAUUGAUGUUCAAAACAAGCGCACACCUAUACACAAUAUUAGUUAAUAUGUUGGAGAAUUUUAAGCUUAGUGUAGGCCUAAAUGUUUUUUAACGAGUUGCAGCAACGUCGUGGAGUAUAUGCAACAUGAUGGAGUGCAGAUGCCGACACGCAAUAUCAUUAACGCAAUGAACUGUCAAAUGCCCACCGUAAUUCUAAACAAAGCCGACAAAAAAGAAAGUACGGAAAUGCACACGGAUUUUUAUUCGAUUAAGGACUAUCAACAUUACUUGAAAUUACUUCAGGAGUGUUUUCUGCCGCUACAACAACAACAAAGUAACGCUACGAACUGCCGUCAUCUUUAUUGCUCUAAUCAACUUCGCGUACAUAGACCCGCCUAACUGUAUAUUGCCGUUAGGUAUGCUCCUACGUCUAACUGUUAAUUAACAAUUGCGCCUUAGCUGCUUUUAAAAUUCUCCAUUAUAGGCAAGAAAACUCAAUGUAAUGCAAUUUAUAUAGAAUACAAUUAAAUAUCUAUGUGACUACAAUACCUUAUAAAUGUUAGCAAUUAUGUAAUAAACUAUAUACAUAAAUAAUUAAA